AUAGCCCUAAUCGAAUAACAUUCCACAUCAAACUGAAUUACAGAGGUUUUAGAGACCUAACAAUGGAGAAGAGAAGCAGGGACGAAAAGAUUGGUGGACCGCCGUCCCACAGCCGAGCCGGGCAAAUUUCCGGUUCCGGCAGUGGUAGGCCAGGCCCUCCUCCGCCUCCUCAGUCCAGAGCUCCGCCACCUCCACCCCCUCGCCCUAGAUCCGAACCCGUCGAUCGCGAAAAGACUUGCCCUUUGUUGCUUCGGGUUUUCACUAAGAUUGGAGGCCACCAUAGUGAAGAAGAUUUUGCAGUAAGAGGCAAAGAACCUAAAGAUGAGGUUCAAAUUUACACUUGGAAAGAUGCAACUCUUCGUGAGCUAACUGAUCUUGUGAAAGAAGUAGCUCCAGCUGCAAGGAGAAGAAACGCAAAAUUGUCUUUUGCAUUUGUAUACCCCGAUAAACGUGGUCGUUUUGUGUUGAAACUGGUUGGAAUGACACACUCCUUUGGAAAUGGGAGACGAGUAGAUGAUGGAAAGGCCUUGGGUGAACUUGACUUCCAGGUAGGAAGCAAUUUUUGUUUAAUCAUCACUGAUGUUUCAAUUUCAACCCGUUUUACUAGAUGGUUGAUAAGGCAUUAGAAGAGUACUAGCUCUAUUUCGAAAUUGACUUGUAAAAUAGUGAUAGCUGGGCUAUAUAGUGCGGUAAUAUGUUGGGGGAGUCAAGAAACGUGUCCUGUUCAAUGUAAUCCAUAAAGAGAAAAGAUCCUGUUUCCAUGUGGAUUUCUACUAUGUUUUUACCUGCGAUUGUUUUGAUGAUGCAGAUUGGAGAUUACUUGGAUGUUGCCAUCCUAUAGAGGAUGAACUCGUGGACGAAUUUUCUAAGCUAGUGUUCCAGGUUUGAUUAGGAAGGGGCCUUUGAUUUGUUAGCUUUUUGGUUGUUUGGCUGUGCAGAGGUGUUGUUUAUAUGCCAUGUUUUUUCCUAUGCUCUAGUGCCUUGCAAGUGCUGAUUUGUAGGUUUAAGGAUGUUAAAACAUUUAAGCUUAAUACAAUUGAACUAUAAUUGUGUUUGUACUUUUACUGCUUAAAAGCUAUACUUAAUUUCA